AUGCUCCUACCCUCGUCGUUCCCCACUUACAAGCAGUCCACCUCCCCCAAGCAGUUCUAUAAGCGGUUCUUACAACAUCUACAACUACUCCCGGAUCCCCACAUAUGGUCGAUACUCAUACCUCGCUUCAGAACGCUGUUGAGGCAAUCAUCCCACAAUACUACCGUAGAGCUUGCUAGUCAACAGUCAAGUCCCGAGGAGGUACCGGCCGAGGAAAAUUCGAGAGCAGCAUCUGAAAGGGUGAAACAGUGGAAGAGGGAAAGAGCAUUCAAGAGGGCUGAAAGGGAACUUCGAAGGGUCCGAGCAGCUGUAGCUUGUCAUCCGCAUGCGUUGACUCGUUUGAUCGAAGAAGCUUAUGGACAGAGAGGUAUCAUUAGGCAUGAUCUGCUGAAGGCCAUCUCCUCUCCAUACUCCGUCAGUCCCCACUUCGACCCCCUUCCACCUCCUUUACAACCUCUAAAACCCCCUCCGCCAGCUCCUUCGGAAGCUCAGCCUCGAGCUCGAAAAGAGAUUCCUCCAUGUAGAGUAAGAGCCGAACUCAGAAGGUCGAUCGAAAGGGAUUGGAGCAUGGUCAAGCCUCCGUUGCUGCUCUCAUUCACUGCAUUAGAUGUACAGGACACAUAUAUGGGGUCUAAUGGUUGGGACAGACGGGCAGUGGAGAAUCUGCGCUUGCUGUCAACACACAACGAUUCAUCCCGGACAAAUCAACUGGACAAGCUCGAUCUUUCUUCUCUUCAGCCUCACAUUCGGCGCUUGUUUCCUAUAAAGCGUGUGCCUAGGUUAAGAGAACCCUCCUUCGCACCCCCACGUCCAAAAGCGACUCGACAGAAUCCGAAUAUCUGGGGUUUACCCCGUCGACUGGAUUGGAGACUUCUGAACAGGACUUAUAGUAGGUUCUGGGAUGGACUGGUAUGGGUACGCCCAGUUGAAGCAAGUCAUCAAGAUAGGUGGACAAGGUGUUCAUACGAGGAAACGAAGUUUGGAUUGAAUCCACCUGAGGUGGUGCUGGCUGGUCCGAAUGAUCAAGGAUUGAAAACUAAGAGAUCCAGUAAGAAGCGUAAUAACACUCCCAAAGCUGAACCCGAUAGGUUGACCGAAGCGACCGAGGACGAUAUGAAAUGGCUAAGUUGUGAUCAGGAUGCGAAUAGUAGAAAUGUACUGUAG